CAUCUCGAAUCCUCUUUCGCGUCUAACCUGACUCUCUCUGUACGCUGCUAUUUUUUGUUUACGUGGUCGAUCGCGGAUGCCGACGCAACAAGAUAUUUGGCAACGUUUCCAAUUAGCGCGCGCUAACAGAUUUAUCGCUGAAACAUUGUUCAUUGCGAUCGGGAAUAAUUCACUUUCGCGAAUUGUGUUAGGCGCGGUAUCUUCCACGCGUUAACCCCAUCGACGGCUCGCUAACCGCUGAUGUUUCGCUUGCGGCAUGGAAAAUGGAUUCAGAGUUUACAAUUGCGAUCCGCUGAAGGAAAAGGAGAGACACGAUUUCAGCGAUGGAGGUCUGGGUUAUGUAGAAAUGCUUUUCAGAUGUAAUUAUUUAGCAUUGGUUGGCGGCGGAUCAAAACCAAUAUAUCCAACAAAUAAAGUUAUGAUAUGGGAUGACAUAAAGAAAUUACCGGCAAUUACCUUAGAAUUUAAUGCUCCUGUAAAAGGAGUGAAAUUGCGAAGGGACAGAAUAGUGGUUAUAUUGGAAGGUGUAAUAAAAGUUUACACGUUUACGCAAAGUCCGCAACAAUUGCACGUGUUUGAGACUAAUCCCAAUCCGCGAGGAUUGUGCGUUUUGUGUCCAAAUAGCAACAACUGCUUGCUUGCUUUUCCUGGACGUAAAAAUGGUCACGUUCAAGUUAUAGAUUUGGCUAAUACAGAGAAGCAACCUUUAAACAUAGAAGCUCACGAAACACCUUUAUCUUGCAUAGCUUUAAACCUACAGGGCACCAGAUUAGCCACCGCCUCGGAAAAAGGCACUCUAAUUAGAGUAUUUGACACACAAAGCGGUAAUAUGAUCAACGAACUAAGAAGAGGAGCAAAUCACGCAAAUAUCUAUUGUAUAAAUUUUAAUCACGAUUCCACGUGGCUGUGCGUUGCAAGCGAUCACGGAACUGUACAUGUAUUUGCUGUUGAAGAUCAAAAACUAAAUCGCCAAUCUAGUUUAGCUUCCGCCACGUUCCUGCCAAAGUACUUUAGUUCGAGUUGGAGCUUUUGCAAAUUUGAAGUGCCAGGUGGUCCCCAGUGCAUGUGCGCGUUUGGUCAAGAUAACAACAGCAUUAUAGUGAUAUGCGCGGAUGGUAGUUAUUACAAGUUCGUAUUCAACAACAAAGGUGAAUGCACCAGGGACUUUUACGCGCAGUUUCUUGAACUGACCGACGACAAAGUGUGACUGGAAGAACUCCCCUAACUGCGCGGGGGCAAAAAUCGACUUUCGGGUUCCUUCGUUGUUAUCAUUUAUAUCGGGGAUGAUAAGCAAAAAUACGCGGUACAUCGUGUUGUAGCGAAGACUUCACACGACACGUGCGAAAUGUUCAUAUACAAAAUUUAAUGUCCAUGCUCGGACGAUAUAUACGCGAUAGAGGACCAAAUGAAGAGUUCUAUUAAUUGUUGGUGACACCGAACGUUUAAUGUAUUAUGCAAGUUUCUCGAAAACAAAAGAAGCAAAAAACAAAAAAAAACAAAAAAAAACUUA